CGAUGACUUAGACGGCUAUUAAUCGCCGUGAAAAGGGUUGCACGUCAUUUUGGCUGAGCGCGAGCCUUGAAAGCCAUGCCCAGCUCCGAAUACACCGCCGUGACCGGCGGUGCGCUCAAGCUCAAAGGCGGCAAUGUGACCAAAAAGAAAAAGAAGAAGUCGAAGCACACAAACACUGAUGAUAACGACCAGAAAGCGCCGGCAGCCUCUGGAUCCCAAGGAGGUGAUGAAUCUGGUGCACGCGACGCCGUUAGGAGCGAGAGCACUCUCUCGAAGGGCUUGCGCGAAGAGGAAGACAACCUGCGACAGGAGAUCGAGAACGAACUAAGGCAGUCCGGGCGAUCGAAGACAGAGGCCGAAAAGCGGUUCGAAGAGCGGAGACGCAAAAGACUGGAGGAGCGGCUGAAACGCGAUGGUGUCAAGACCCACAAGGAACGCGUCGAAGAGCUGAACAGGUAUCUCAGCAAGCUCAGCGAGCACCACGACAUGCCGAGAAUUGGACCUGGCUAACAGGUUCCGGAGCGAGCGCUCCGGCUUCGACGAUGCUCGGACGUGCGAAGACGGACAAACGCUGGAAGGCACAGGGGCGGGAGCAGGCUGUCGCAACUUUCAUCAUUACUGCAUUUGCUGUGGCCUACGCAUUGGAAAAGGAGCUCUAGGAGCAGAUUUGUUAAUCGGACCGGGCCUCGCGCUUAUUAUUUUUUUUUCAAGGCCCAAAUCUUUGGCAUCGUGUACGUGGCGAUUGACCAGAGGCGCUAUUAGAUAGAAGACCCCUGAAGUUCUACUCGAACAUAGCUACAGCGACACUAGUAUGGGAAAUGAAACAUGUAGUUCCGCAGA